UACGGCGGCCGGCAGGGGGCGGUGGCGGCCGUUACUCGGGGUCCGGAGGCGGGGCCGCGGGGCUCGGGCGCGGCGAGUCCGAGGGCCCACGACGGAGGUGCGGGCUGCCGCAGCCAUGGGCGAUCGCGGCGGCGCGGGCGGCUCCCGGCGCCGGAGGACCGGCUCCAAGCCCGCGGGCCAGGGCGGCGGCGGGCCGGCGGCGGCGGAAGAGGCCGUGCGGGACGGGGCCGCGGGCCCCGACGUGGGCGCGGCGGGAGACGCGCCGGCCCCGGGGUCUGCCCGGGACAAGGACGGAGAUGCCACCGUGGGCAGCGGCCACUGGGAGAUGAGGUGCCAUCGCCUGCAGGAUUCCUUGUUCAGCUCAGAUAGUGGCUUCAGCAACUACCGUGGCAUCCUGAACUGGUGUGUGGUGAUGCUGAUCCUGAGCAAUGCACGGUUGUUUUUGGAGAACCUCAUCAAGUACGGCAUCCUUGUGGACCCCAUCCAGGUGGUGUCUCUGUUCCUAAAGGAUCCCUACAACUGGCCUGCUCCAUGCCUGGUUAUUGUGGCCAAUGUCUUUAUUGUGGCUGCAUUCCAGAUUGAGAAGCGCCUGGCAGUGGGCGCCCUGACUGAGCAGGUGGGGCUGCUGCUGCACGUGGCCAACCUGGCCACCAUCAUCUGCUUCCCAGCAGCUGUGGCUUUACUGGUCGAGUCCAUCACUCCAGUGGGCUCCUUGUUGGCUCUGGCAUCGUACUCCAUCCUCUUCCUCAAGCUCUUCUCCUACCGGGAUGUCAACUUGUGGUGCCGUCAGCACAGGGCCAAGGCUAAGGCUGCCUCUGCGGGGAAGAAAGCCAGUGUGACUGGCACUCAGAGCACUGUGAGCUACCCAGACAACCUGACCUACCGAGAUCUCUACUACUUCAUUUUUGCCCCAACUUUGUGUUAUGAACUCAACUUUCCCCGCUCCCCCCGAAUCCGAAAGCGCUUCCUGCUGCGGCGGAUCCUGGAGAUGCUGUUCUUCACCCAGCUCCAGGUGGGGCUGAUACAGCAGUGGAUGGUACCUACCAUCCAGAACUCCAUGAAGACCUUCAAGGACAUGGACUACUCACGCAUCAUUGAGCGCCUCCUAAAGCUAGCAGUCCCCAACCACCUCAUCUGGCUCAUCUUCUUCUACUGGCUUUUCCAUUCCUGCCUGAACGCUGUGGCGGAACUUAUGCAGUUUGGUGACCGGGAAUUUUACAGGGACUGGUGGAACUCGGAGUCGGUCACGUACUUCUGGCAGAACUGGAACAUCCCUGUGCACAAGUGGUGCAGCAGACACUUCUACAAGCCCCUGCUCCGACGGGGCAGCAGCAGGUGGCUGGCCAGGGUAGGGGUAUUCAUGGCUUCGGCCUUCUUCCACGAGUACCUGGUAAGCAUUCCCCUUCGGAUGUUCCGCCUCUGGGCAUUCACCGCCAUGAUGGCGCAGGUCCCGCUGGCCUGGCUUGUGGGCAACUUCUUCCAGGGCAACUAUGGCAAUGCGGCGGUGUGGCUGACCCUCAUCAUUGGGCAGCCAGUGGCUGUGCUCAUGUACGUCCAUGACUACUAUGUGCUGCACUACGAGGCUUCAACUGGAGGGGCCUGAACUACCCCGAGGCUCAGACUCUGAUGCCCACCUGCCCUCAGGCCUGCAGUGCUGAGUGCGCCCUGGUUACCUGGACCUUCUUCCUGUUUCAGGAGGCCUUUCUGCCCCUAUGGGGCUCCCUCCUACUCUCCUUAGGUGUGGUGCCACCAGCACCCAGCCGGCAGGAGCCAGUGCUACGUCUGUCUGACCAGGAGCCAAGGGUGUCAAUAAAGUGCUGUCCAGAGUGACCUCCCUAAGCCUGGUGGGGGUGGGUGGGCUACUGGAAGGAGGAUGGCCCAUUCCACACUGGCCAGUGGCAGUGCCAGAUAGCUGGCAGGGGCCAGAAGUCCUGAUACUCAAUGACCAAAGUGUGGCACUGGUGGAUCUGUAGAGCAGUCACCUUGUAAACUCAUGUUCUUCUGGCUUGUGUGAAUGAGACUGCUUAGCUACACAAGUGGCAAACCAUCACAGCUAAAGGCCCGAGAGGUGCCUAGGCAACCUUAUGGCUUGGCAAAGACCAGCUGAAGUACAACUUGUCCUGCUAAUCCCAGUGGAAGCCCAAUCAAUCUCCUGAGCUCCCUGCAAGGGGCUGGCUGCUCAGUAAGGUGGGAUGACUGGUCAUUUUCCUGAAUCCUGGAACUCUGCUCCCUCUCGUUACUUAUGUGUGGCUCUCUUGGCAAAGGAGGACAGCCCUGUGACAUCAGAGGGAUGCCUUGUCCCUAGACCCUGCCACCCGCCAAGUCAGGGAACAGAGGCCAGUCCAGGGAUCCUAACCCUACCAUUUUCUGUUGGUGGUCAUUUAAAAACUGCUUGCUGGGUGACAGACCCGACUUCGGGGAUGGCUGAAGGUGGGUGUCUGCAAGGCGAGUGGACAGUGGUCUUGGAGCUGUGCUGCCCUGUCAGCACACCACUUACCCUGUCCAUGACCCAUACAUACCUCCUGCGGCAUGGCAGUGUUGGGGAAAGGGCAGGCUGUCUUCGAAGCCUGCAAAUGUGUUCAUGCAUAGGCAGCAUCUCUGAUCUCUAUUGCCUGGUGGCCAUAACCUUGACUUGCUGGGACAGCAGGGGA